CUCCUACAUAUAAAUACAUCACAGCGUCGAUACCAUACCUAUUGCAUCAUUCCGAAUCAUAUUGAAGAUCCAAAAAUGUACGCGUUGUUGGUAUCGAGUUUUUUAAUCAGUGUACUCAGUCGAGGAUGUGCUUCGCCAGUGAGCUCGGAGGGGUACUCUAUAGAAUAUUUUAACAACAUAAUCAACGAUGUAAAAAAAUCUGGGGCACGUUGGGAGGCUGGUCACAAUUUCGAAGAAAAUGAAGAAUUUCGACAUUUAGUGAAUUUCUUAGAUGCUCUCGAUGAAGAAGAAAUUGAGACCAAGCUUAAGAUGUUGAAUGAUGGACCUGAACUGAGUAAUUCCGCUAAUCCCAAAGUGGGACAUAGCGCUCACAGUCAAUGUUUACCCGAAACAGUAGAUGUUUUUAAUGGUUUAGAAGAAUUCAAAUACUGCAAAUCAGUUGGUCGUGUAUGGAACCAAGGAAGAUGCGCUUCUGAUUGGGUGAUCGCUCCAGCUGCUGCUUUCACUGAUAGAUUAUGCAUUGCUUCGAAUGGCACAUUUAAAGAAACUAUUUCACCCGAAACCCCUCUGGCAUGUUGUAAAAAUUGCGGCUGGGGAUGUCGCAAAGGUUAUGCACGUGAAGUAAACGAAUAUUUCGUGAAAUAUGGCGGUGUCACGGGAGGAACAUUUGGUUCCAAUGAGGGUUGCCAACCAUAUUCUCUUUGGCCAAGCACUCAUGCAAAAUAUUUCCAAAGACCUCAUGCCAGAACUCCCAAAUGCCAGAAUCAAUGCACCAAUUCCAAAUACAAAAAAACGUUUGAAAAUGACAUCAUUAAAGCUAAACGAGCAACCACUUUCGGAUGUCCUUGUUGGGUUCCUUCUACAUUAAGAAAGCAUGGCCCAAUUAUUGCUACAAUGAUAGUUUAUGAAGAUUUCAUUACUUACAAAUCAGGAAUUUAUCAUCACGUAGCUGGUAAAGCACUUGGAAAAUUGACCGUGAAAAUUGUCGGAUACAAUCAAGAAAGCGAUAAAGUAGAAGAAAACUAUUGGAUUGCUGUGAAUUCUUGGGGUAAAAAAUGGGGUGACAAUGGUACAUUCAAGAUUCGAAAAUGGAGAGAUGAAUGCCUGAUUGAAGACUCGUUGCAGGCAAUCUACGUAGACGGCAAUACCGACAUUAGUGUAAGUUCUUCAGAAGAAGAUUAUUAAUUGUACAUUUCACAGAUCUAAUGCUGUACUUUGAAUAAAAACAUUACAUUACGCAGAA